AAUUGGUAACCUAAUUUGAAAACCCUUUUCGUGUAUACUUCAUGAUCCAUGUGUGUGUAUGUGUGGGGCUUCAAGAACGCAUUUUGCAGGUGCAUCGAUUAUCGAAACUGGUGAAAGUGGAGACCUUUACCAACUUAAGGCAAUUAGAAACAAGUUUGCUGAUGAGUGGGAGUUCCGCAAGAUAUGCGAUCAAUAUAGCGAUUUCUCCACUGGCCGGAGUGUCUUGCAUCACGCGGUUGGAAUCGGACAUUUUGAUGUUUGCAAAUUCUUGAUAAACACCGUCAGAGUUGAUAUUGAUGUCUUGACUUACAAGAGGGAUACUCCUCUGACAGAAGCUGCCAAAAGGGGACAUGUCAAAAUUGUGGAGUUUCUCGUCAAACAUGGUGCUGAAAUUAGUCUUCCAAAUAUUGAGGGAUUCACUGCGUUGCACUAUGCAGCUCUAAACAAUAAUAGGGAGCUUGUGGAAUUGUUGCGGAUAAAAGGUGCUCAUAUAGAGACAGAUUCUGUAGACAGAACACCUUUACAAGUUGCUGCUUCUCGUGGAAAUGUUGAGGCUGUCAAGUCUCUCUUGUCUCAUGGCGCAAAUCCAAAUUUUUCUUGUGCAGUUGUGGACACCCCUCUUGUAUGUGCUGUCAAGUCUCGUUCAUUUGAAUGCCUGAAAUUGCUGCUUGAGGGUAAAGCAGACCCAAAUUUUUAUGUUGCGGGAUUAAGUCCUAUGCAAUGUGCUGCAAAAGAAGGCGACACAAAAUUUCUUGAGUAUUUGCUUAAAGCUAAAGGAGAUCCAAAUUCAUCUGACAAAGAUAUACAUAGACCGAUUGAGGAAGCUGCUUUGGUGCAUAAUCGUGCAGCUGUGGAGGUUUUGUUUCCAGUGACUGAACGGCUUGCACAUUAUCCGAAUUGGACUGUUGAUGGCAUAAUCGAGUACACUCAUUCUGAAGAAUAUAAAAAAAUGAGUCAGGAGAAAUUGACAAAGCGCUUGAGUGUAAUAGACUUUGGAGGGUUGCUUGAUGCGGGCAAUAAGAAUUACUACCGAGCAAUCUUUCAUUAUAGAAUGGCUUCUCAUCUUGAUCCAUCUAACGCCACAUGGGUAUCAACGCGAAGCAUGUGGGAAGCACGCACGCAUAAAAGCAUUAAUGCUCUGUUAGAUGCUCAGCAAUGCUUUAGGCUCAAGCCACACUGCCCCGUCCCUUACCACAGAGGAGACAAUGCUGCUGCAGCGAAUGAGAUAUUCAAGAAAUUCCUCAAGGCAGGCCUAGCCUUCUUGUUGGAUCCUUAUGAAAGGAAAAAGUGUCAUGCAUUUAGAAUUACUAUGUUCGAUUACUUUGCUUGGUUGAGUCAGAUGAGCAGCGCCGAAGAGAUUUUGAGUUUUAGCUGUGAUGAUUAACACUGUUGAAUUUCCCUAAUUUUUUGAGUAGAUAAUAUUGCAUCAUAUUCCAUUGCCACUCAUAUGCUAAAUGGUACUCCACUUAUCACCUCAUGCUUUGUCCUCGGUAAAUAAUAUGCACCAUUUUCACCUCAAUUUUCAAUGAGAUAAGUUGGACAAUGGUAGAGGGUGAGAGUCAAACUUUGGACAAUAAGUCUAAGAACUUAUUCUCCUCUCAGAGUAGCAUUGGUGUUGCUUAACCAUCGGCAUCCCUCCGAGUAGCACUGUGGUGGCAAGAGACUUGUGGCAGCACAAGACAUUGAAGCAAAGAUUUGUGGAUAUAUUGACGGGAACAGUGGAUUCUCAUUCAUGCAAGAUGUACAUACUCAAGCCUAUAUCUUGAGGGAUAUCUUGAAUAAUAGCUGCUUUGAAUAAGGGCUUCCCACAAACAUUUGUGUGGAACAAAUUAUUGCUAAUUAAUUUCGUGUGUUUUUGGGAUUGAGGGAUCA